AAUGCGGACGCCGCCGACCGCUUCCGACGCUUCGCGCCGCCUGGCGCUCUCGCUGUCGGCCGCGCUGCUCGCGGCGCCGCGAACCGCGGCGUGGUCUGCGGCUCCUGAGCGGGAGAGUUCCGAGCCGGAGCUCGUUCGGCUCUACGACUCCGCCGCCAGCCAGUACGACUCGCUCGACAGCGGCCCGCUCGCGUCGGCGCUCGGCCUGCAGGCGCUGCGCGCGCAGGCCACCGACCUCUGCCGCGGACGCGUCCUCGAGGUAGGAGUCGGCACCGGCCUCAACCUCCCGCUGUACGACCCCGGCCGGUGCGAGUCGCUCACCGCGGCGAUGCGGUUCGCCGACGCGAGCUUUGACAGCGUCAUCGACACCUUCUCGCUCUGCGUGUACGGCCGGCCGGAGCGGGCGCUCUCCGAGAUGCGGCGCGUGUGCAAGCCGGGCGGGCGCGUCGUCUUGCUCGAGCACCAGCGCUCGGGCGGCGCGCUCGGCGCCUACCAGGACGCGACGUCGAGCGCGGCGGCGAGGCUGGGCGGCAAAGGGUGUGUCUACAACCAGGACGUGGCGGCGAUGGCGCGCGCCGCGGGGCUGCGUGUCGUGCGGCAGCAGCCCGCGCUGCUCGGCGUAGUUGCGCUGUACGAGACGGUGCCCGUUUGAUCGUUUGAGGUACGGACCCUUCACGCGUGCGCGCGGGCGGCGCUCGCCCGCCGCGGCCGCGCCG